AUACUUGCAUGGUUAGGGUGGUUAGUUUGGGACAGACAAACAGACAGACUGUUAUUCCUUCCUCAUCACCCUUGACCCUCUGCCUGUGCCUUGUGGUGGGACUCUCUUUUUCAGUUUUUCUUUUCUAUCAACAAAUUUUAACGCGUAUUGGUUGGCUUGGUUGGUUUCUUUAUUUUCAAACGUUACCUCUUCAACCCAUCAAAACAAUAAUACAAUACCACCUUUUUUGAGUUUGAAUCCAACCUUUCUUUGCCUCUAUUGCAUCCUCCUCCUCUUUUCUCUCUUUGCCUCUUUCAAUCCUUGCACAACUCUCUUUCUUUCCUUGAAGAAUAUAACAAGGAGUCUUUGAAAUUUUUGCUUCAUCCUUGAUCAUUGAUGGCAGAGGAAAUUAUUGUUUACCAGGUGGAGUCUGAGAAAAUUGAGGCUGAAGAUGAUGAUAAGAAAAAAAAUCCUACUAUAAACCAGGUGGAGUAUGAAAAAAUUAUCGUUAACCAGGCAGAGACGGAGCCUGAGAAAAUUGAGGCUGAAAAUGAUGAGAAGAAAGCAAAUCCUACAGUUAACCAGGUGGAGUCGGAGAAAAUUACUGUUAACCAGGUAGAGCCUGAGAAAAUUGAGGCUGAAGAUGAUGAUGAUGAUGACGACGACGAUGGUAAGAAAGCAAAUCCUACAGUUAACCUGGUGGAGUCUGAAAAAAUUACUGGUAACCAGAUAGAGCCUGAGAAAAUUGAGGCCGAAGAAGAUGAUGAUAAGAAAGCAACGCCUACUCUUAACCAGGUGGAGUCUGAGAAAAUUAUUGUUCACCAGGUAGAGACUGAGAAAAUUGAGGCUGAAGAUGAUGAUGAUAAGAAAACAAAUCCUACUGAUAACCAGGUGGAGCCUGAGAAAAUUGAGGCUGAAUAUGAUGAUAAGAAAGCAAAUCCUAACGAGGGAAUAACUAUCACAAAAGGUCCGGCUAAGAUUCUUUCACGUUAUCUUCGUGAUCGUGCGAGUUCCUGCCAUGAUUUAUGCAAAUAUGGUAUUCAGCAUGCCACUGAAACAAAACCAUGGAGUACAUCACAGAAAAGGAGGGAAAGGAAAACCAAUGUUUCAGGAGAAAUUGUAAUUUCGUUGGAAGGGACAAAGAAAUCAAGAAGAAGUUCAAAUGCUUCUCCUCUAGCUUCAAAACAUGCAGAUCCCAACUAUAUUGUUGACAUCAAGGAAGUAACAAAUGAAAAAACACCCUUUGAAGAAACAAAUGUGUCCAUGGAACACAGUAACAGUGACAUAGUCCAAGCAAGUUCUAAACCAUAUUCUCUCCAUGUGAAGAAACGUUCCAAAAGUCAAACAGAAGGGGAUUUGGUGAAAAACAAAUGUGCCUUUGGUUCAAGCAGCAUAAAAGAAACUGCAAGUGGAAGCAAACAGAAAAUAACAUCUUCCAGUGGAGGUAAGGAUAAAUCAUUAUCAUCAAGUUCUGGAAGCAAACAGAAAAUAACAUCUUGCAAUGGAGGCAAGGAUAAAUCAUUAUCAUCAAGUUCUGGAAGCAAACAGAAAAUAACAUCUUCCAGUGGAGGCAAGGGUAAAUCAUUAUCAUCAAUUUCUUUCUUGUCUUCAAAAAACAACAUCAAGAGUCCUUCAAGCUUAAGUGAUAAUGCCAAAAAAUUGAAAAGAGUGUCUUCUCCGAAAAAUCAUGAGAAUGCUGAAGUCAAACCUAAACUGGCCAGCAAUGACAAUUUACCAGAGAAAAUUUUGCAUGUCAUUGAUUCUAUCUCAGAAAAUUCAUCUGAGGAACCUACUCCUGCUUGUAAUGCAACUAAGCCACCUUCACCUUCACCAUCAAAAGACAAAAUCUUGAAGAGUAUUAGUAAGAAAACGGGCAAGUCUGAGAUGUCUGCAUCUUCAAGGAAGGGCCUUAAACACGUUGGACAUGGAACUGUAUCUGGAACACUCUCACAUCAAUCCUCAAUGAACAGAUUCAGGACAAAUAUACAGCAUAAAGCGCGUACUGUUUCACGACCAUCAUCAACGUUAUCAUUUGAUUCCUCAUCUAACUCUUCUGUCAGAAAACAAAAUGGUACUACUUCUAGGCCCAACAAGACAGGACGUAAACAAGGUGAAAAUGUGAGGGUAGGGUACAAAAUCAGGCCAAAGAUGAGCGCAAUAGUUGGGGCAGCAAAUAAAGUUAUUCCAUCUAGGAAGUUAACUUUUAGGAGAGGAAAGGUUAUUGAAAUUCAGCCGCAAAGCAACAACAUUCCAAGGAGACUCAAAUUCAAGCCGGUACGCCUGCUUGAUGAUGAGGUCAGGAAAGAUGUAAAUGGAACAAGAAAAAGGAUCAUUUCCAAUAAAGAAGUUGACGGUGGUGAGGUAAAUGCUGCAAAUAUAAAAACUGAGAAAGUUGAUCUCAAACCUCAAACUAUGGAAAGAGGUAAAAACAGAAGUUUUGUGAGAAAGGUUGGUGGUGUAGAUAGAAGCAAGGUUUAUGGUUCAAGAUCAGGAUCUGAGAAAGUUGUUCUGAGGCAUCAAAAUGUUGAAGGGAAGAAACAAAAUCCAGGUUUGUAUAACAAUGUCAUUGAAGAGACUGCAAGCAAACUUGCUCAACUAAGGAAGAGCAAGGUCAAGGCUCUGGUUGGUGCAUUUGAGACUGUGAUAUCUCUUGAUUCUCCUAGAGAGGCCACAACUUCACAAGUGAGCACAGUUUGUUGAGUGUUACUGAUCACUAGUGUCAACCCUGUAUAUUUGUGUUAUUGUAUAUAAUGAUAAUUGUGGAUGGGACAAAAUGGAAGAACUGAAGUGGUUCUGAAAGUGACUUUGGUCCUCUAGUCUAGGCUUUGACGUUUCUGAAAAUGCGUCUAUUUGUGGCUUGGAUUUAUUAAGCGUGGAUUCUUAAUGUCGUUGUUUCAUUUGUUUUUAAAUGUUUCCUUUUGUGUCGUAGAGAUUUGGUGAAUGAGAUGAUUUCACUGGAAUGUACUAUUAUUAGUCUUUACAGAUAUAGAGUUUUUCCUUAAAUUGUGUGGAUA